UCAAUGGCAGACCAAAACAACCUCAAUAGCAACGAGCAACAACAUGACCUUAAUCUCCCCAAAGUCCUCAUUCACGGUCCACAAGGAUUCUCCUCUGUUCUCCAACCACCCUUUUCCCAAAACUUUCACAUUCUAAACCACUCUUCGCUUCCCCUACACCAAUUCCUCGCCACCCACACCCACCACUGCUCCUCCGUCGCGGCCCUCCUCUGCGACGGCGGCUACCCCGUCACCGCCGACGUGCUCCGCCUCCUCCCCUCGCUUCGUCUCGUCGUCACCGCCAGCGCCGGCACCGAGCACGUUGACUUGGACGAGUCCCGCCGCCGUGGAGUCAGGGUCGCCGGCGCCGGAAACAUGUUCUCCGAGGACGUCGCCGACUUGGCGGUGGCGCUCUUGAUUGACGUCGUCAUGAAGAUUUCCGCCGCGGAUCGGUGUCUCAGAAAACGGGUUCCGCUUGGUUCAACGGGUUUUCCACUUGCUUCUAAGUUGGCAGGAAAGAAAGUUGGAAUUGUUGGUUUGGGGAAAAUUGGCUUAGAAGUGGCACAAAGGCUGGAAGCCUUGGAUUGUAUUAUAUCAUACAACUCUAGGACCCAAAAGCCCUUAGUUUGGUACCCUUUCUACUCUAGCGUUGUUGAGUUAGCCAGCAACAACCAGGUGAUCAUUCUGUGUUGUGCUCUGAAUGAGCAAACGAGGCACGUGAUCAACAGAGAAGUGAUGUUGGCACUGGGAAAAGGAGGAGUCAUUGUGAACGUGGCAAGAGGGGCUUUGAUAGAUGAAAAGGAAUUGUUGAGGUGUUUGGUGGAAGGGGAAAUUGGAGGGGCUGGUUUGGAUGUGUUUCAGAAUGAACCUCUUGUUUGUCAACAGUUUUUUGGGUUGGAUAAUGUGGUUUUAUCACCACAUGCAGGUUUCUCCACGUCAGAGUCUUAUCUUGGUAUUUGCCAACUUGUGGGCCGCAAUUUGGAAGCUUUUUUCUCAAAUAACACUCUCAUUACUCCAGUUAUAUAGUUCACUGGUUGGAAAACCCCUAAUAUUUGUUCAAUAAGUAAAGUGAAAGGAUAUGUUAUUUGGUUUUCAAUUGGCUUUCAUUGUAAUGGAGUUUACCUCAAUUUUUCUAAAGGAAGGGCUACCUAUAAACUUUACAAAAUGAAA